GUUACGUAAGGAUCUAGUGUCAUGGCGGUCUAAAAUUACGAGAAACUUUUACAGCGAAUUUGAAUUUCUUUUCGAUAUUCAAGGGUUAGAUUAUGUUGCGAAGCACCAAAUACAGGAUUUUUGCUUUUCAUUUUUCAAGAUAUGUUGUCGUUCGCCAAACAAGAAGACUUCUUCAAUAUAGAUCAAGCACAUCUUUGUCAAGAAAAAGCGUCUUUACCUCGUGCAUCUUUCCUUGUUCAUAUCAUUUCAGUACCCGCCGCUUUAUUGAAACUCCGAAACACUGCUCUCAGUUUUGUACACAUUUGAAAUCACCAGUUUCUUUUUCAAGGCCUGUGGCUGCAGCAUGCACAAAUCUAUACACUGAUCACAACAGAUCUUUUCAUUCGUCUUGUAUCAUAUAUUCAAAAUCUUUGGAUCAUUCGGAUGGAAGCUCUGAUAAAAACGUUAAAAAAUCUGGAUCGACAAGGAAUCCUUCCAAGCAAGGCUCUAGAGGCUCGCAAUCUUCGAGGAACACUCAGAAGCUUGGUUCCAGUUCCAAGGAAAGAGCAGUACCAACAUCAAGAGUUAGCAGAAUAUUAAACUUUAGUGGGCUUAUUGCAAGUGUUGGUAUGGGAGCUCUGAAUGAAGUCACCAAAAGACAGCUUGGUCUUGAAAACAAAGGAGAUACAUUGUCACAGCGAACUGGAAGUGCAUUUUUAACUGAGGCUAACCUGGAGAAAAUUGUUAGCACAUUAUGCCGCAUGAGAGGUGCUGCAUUAAAAUUAGGACAAAUGUUGAGUAUACAAGACAAUACAUUUGUUCCUCCUGAACUACAGAGAAUAUUUGAAAGAGUUCGUAAUAGUGCUGACUUUAUGCCAAAAUGGCAGUUAGAGAAAGUGAUGAAGAAUGAAUUUGGUAAUGACUGGAAGAGCAAGCUUGCAGAAUUUGAUGAAAAGCCUUUUGCUGCAGCCUCUAUUGGCCAAGUCCACAGAGGCGUGCUGCACGAUGGUAGACAAGUUGCAAUUAAAAUUCAGUACCCUGGUGUAGCCCAAAGCAUCGAUAGUGAUAUUGAUAAUCUAAUGACAGUUCUCAAAAUGACAAAACUAGCCCCUGAAGAACUUUAUGCUGAAAGUGCAAUAGCAGUAGCUCGAAGGGAACUGGCUUGGGAGGUUGACUACAUUAGAGAAGCUAACAACAGCAAACGAUUUAGAAAGCUGUUAGAAAAUGAUUCCAAGUUCUAUGUUCCAGAAGUUAUUGAUGAACUCUCAUCAAAACAGGUGCUAACAACAGAGUUGAUUGAGGGUAAACCUUUAGACAAGAUUGCUGACCUUGGCCAGGAUGUUGUUAAUGAGGUUUGCUGUAGGAUAUUGCAUUUGUGUCUAAAGGAACUAUUUGUCUAUCAUUUUAUGCAAACUGACCCAAAUUGGUCUAACUUUUUCUAUAAUCCAGAAACAAAAAAAAUAUAUUUACUAGACUUUGGUGCCUGCCGUGAGUAUUCCAAGAAAUUUGUGGACAAAUAUAUCAAGAUUAUCAAAGGAGGUGCAUUAGGUGAUCAUAAGAUGGUUAUUGACAAUUCUAUAGCCCUGUCAUUCCUCACAGGAUAUGAAUCAAAGGUUAUGACAAAAACUCACACUGAAGCAGUAAUGAUCUUAGGAGAACCAUUCUCUCACUCAGGAGCUUUUGACUUUGGGAAUCAAGACACUUCUCGCAGAAUAAUGGACCUUAUUCCUGUUAUGCUCCGACAUCGCCUCACCCCUCCCCCUGAAGAAGCUUAUUCUUUGCAUAGAAAGAUGUCAGGCUCAUUUCUGCUCUGUGCCAAACUUGGGGCUAGGAUUGAGUGCAAAAGUCUAUUUGACAAAAUAUGGCAGAACUAUGUCUUUGGUUGACAUGUUAUAAACACUGGAAAACGCUUUCCUAAAACUUCGUAAAGCUUGGUCAAGGUAAAUGAAACCAAUAAUGAUAAUGAAAACCUAAAAUUACACUCGUUCGUAAAUAAAUGACAAACAAAACCCGACGAUUUUUGAACUUUUUAGGUCCAAUAUAACAGAAUGGUUAGAACAAAACAAACUUAACCCGUGAAGUCAGUGUUGGAGUCAAACAGCUAAAAGAAGUGUUUUUCUGUAAUAAAAACGUGCUUAAUA